ACUUAUAUAUCGGUAUAUGUAUUCGCGUAAAAAGGAUUAAAAAAAUUCCUUUUCUUUCUCAACUUAUUCUUUGCCUCUCUCCGUCGUCUUCUUCUUCUUCUUGAGAUAAAAAAAGAUGCCUAAAGUGAAGACAAACCGUGUUAGAUACCCAGAGGGAUGGGAACUCGUUGAGCCUACUCUUCGUGAAUUACAGGCAAAGAUGAGAGAAGCUGAGAAUGAUCCACAUGAUGGGAAGAGAAAAUGUGAAACUUUGUGGCCAAUCUUCAAAAUUGCUCACCAACAGAGUCGCUAUGUCUUUGACCUUUACUAUCGUAGGAAAGAGAUAUCUCAAGAACUUUAUGAAUUUUGCUUGGAUCAGGGAUACGCUGAUCGCAAUCUCAUUGCCAAGUGGAAGAAGCCUGGAUAUGAACGUCUUUGCUGCUUAAGAUGCAUCCAACCACGUGAUCACAACUUUCAGACGACAUGUGUUUGUCGAGUGCCCAAACACCUCAGGGAGGAAAGUGUUAUAGAGUGUGUGCAUUGCGGUUGCAAGGGCUGUGCGAGUGGAGACUGAACACUUGUACCAGACCGAAUAUUUAUCAAGUACUCCUAAUCCUAAUGGCCUUGCUUUUAUAGUUGCAAACUUGUAUUGUGUAGAAAAAUAUUUGGUCUAAAAUGACCGUAUUAUGUACCGCAUGAUGUGCCUCUUGAAGUUCUACUAGUUGAAACAGUGGUGUGCUUUUAUUUUUUUCA